AUGGUUGACGCCAUGAAUUUGCAUGAGUAUCAGGCCAAAGCGAUUUUCGCCCGUUACGGGAUUCCAGUGCCCAACGGGCAGGUGGCAGGUACUCCGGAUGAGGCGGCACAGGCGACGGCAGGGUUCGGCGGACGGGCGGCGAUCAAGGCGCAGGUACACGCCGGUGGCCGGGGGCUGGUGGGCGGUGUGAAGGUGGUCAGAUCUCCGGAUGAGGCGCGCGAAUUUGCCGGCAGCCUGCUCGGCACUCGGCUGGUUACCCAUCAAACCGAUGCCAACGGCGUGCCCGUCGACGGUGUUCUGGUGGAGGAAUUGGCGGACAUCGCCACGGAGAUGUACGUGGCCCUAACCAUCGACCGGAAUUUUCGGGGCGUGGUUUUCAUCGCCAGCGCCGCCGGGGGAACGUCCAUAGAAGAGGUUGCGGCUACCGACCCUGACGCCAUCAUCACUGAAAACGUGGACCCGCUGCUGGGGCUGAUGCCGUUUCAAUGCCGGCGUCUGGCAGCCCGGCUGGAAUUGACCGGACCAACGGCGCGGCAGGCAGCCAACAUCUUCGACGCCCUGUAUCGCAUUUUCACCGAGAACGAUUGCACGCUGGUUGAGGUGAACCCCCUGAUCGUAACGGGCGAUGGUUCGGUGGUGGCCCUGGAUGCCAAGGUAAACCUGGAAGAUGAUGCGAUGUUCCGUCACCCCGAUUUGCACGAACUUCGGGACCGCAGUCAGGAGGACCCACUGGAGGCACAGGCGGCGGACGACGAUAUCGCCUACGUGAGCCUGGACGGCAGGGUGGGUUGCCUGGUGAACGGCGCCGGGCUGGCGAUGGCAACGCUGGAUGUGGCCAACGCAGCGGGCGCGGCGCCGGCCAACUUUCUGGACGUGGGCGGCGGCGCGUCCGAAGAAAAAGUGGCGGCGGCGGUGAGCAUCAUCCUGUCGGAUCCCAAGGUUGACCGGGUUCUGGUCAAUAUUUUCGGCGGCAUUUUGCGUUGCGAUGUGGCGGCCCGCGGGAUAGUGAUGGCCUUUGAAGAACAUCUUGCCCAGCAACCGCUGGUGGUGAGGAUGCUGGGAACCAACCUGGCUGAGGGCAAAAACAUUCUGGCCCAGUCGGGACUGAACGUAACCUUCACCGACACGCUUACCGAGGCUGCGGCGGCUUUGAGCGCCGAACCGGCGGCAUAA